AUGUUGGACCCUGCCUUGAUUUCUUUGUCUGCUUGGAAAGCUUUGAACAUGGGGAAGCAGUCACGAGCUGCAGCGCUGGGACUUCUAAUUUAUGAAUACGUCAUUACCAUCGAGGACGAGAUUGAUCUGAUCUGGUUAAAGAAGAAAAGUUGGGUGACAAUUCUCUAUCAUUUUAACCGCUGGCUUCCAGCGUUGUGGCUCACAUUUGACAUAAGUGAGCAGGAAGUAUUGAUCGCGGCUGAUUCUUUUGACAAGCAAAGCAUUCAAAGUGCGACAAAAUCCAUCCAAUAUGGUAUCAUCCAAAACGUAUGUCUAUAUUACUAUGACAUUCACGAGGUUGACUUCCUCUGGCCUAGUUGCGUCGCCUACCUGUUAUGCAAUAAUAUCGCUGCCCUCCUUACCACCAUUUCUGUUCAAAAGGGAGUCCAGCGGUUUCAUGCGAAAACUCAACCACUAACAUCCUUCAAGGUGUGGGCGAUAUAUGACCGAAGUCGUAGGGUACUCUCUUGGAUGAUUUUCCUGAGUAUAUUUGAGGUCGCAGCGAUGGCGCUCCUCAUUGGCUGGACAAUCGCUCGCGUGGAAAGAUUUCCGGUAGUUUCUACUCCAGUGGGCUGUCUCUUUGAGGGUCUUCCCCCCCUCUCUGCGAUCUUUUGGACGCCAUCGCUGAUCCUUGAACCUAUCAUUUGUAUACUCGUCCUCAAGAAAGUUUUCGUGGAUCGGCAACGGCGCAGUGAACUGGCAACGUUUUUAGCCUGUGAUAGUUUAUUAUACUUUCUCGUGUAUGUCCGUCCGCUUCUGUCACAGCGUACUCGACCAUUUAGCAUCUACAGGAUAUUCGUGGAACUCGUGGGAUCAACUAUUGUCUGGGCUCGGUACCCGUCCUAUAUCGACCUCUUCAUGCCUUGGUCUGUUGCUUUACCGUCUUUGCUCUGCAACCGUAUUCUGCUCAACAUGAGAGGGCGCUUUACGAGGGGGUCAGCGCCUACGCGCUCCUCAUUGUUGAUUGAACUCGCCACCCUUCGAACCAGCGCGGAUUCAUCGAGAAUACCAGACGAAGAGUGA